UGUAGCCCUGGAUGGCGCCGAUUCAACCGUCCUUCAGGUGGCUGGUGUGUUCGAGUAUUCGCCGGAAUCCUUACUCAAGCAGAAGCAGAGAUUAAAUGCAAAUCCCAUGGUGCAACACUCUCCGGACUGCAAAACAUGGAGGAAGCACGUAAUAUAUCUGGUAUGCAGGAACUAUAUACAGGAACACUUAUACAUAUACAUAUACAUAUACAUAUACAUAUACAUAUACAUAUACAUAUACAUAUACAUAUACAUAUAUGCAGGAACUUGUUAAUUAUAUGAAUUUGCAGACAUGGGCUUACCUGUGCUCAACCGAGCUAGCGGCUCCUUGUGGAUCGGUGCAAAGCGGAUGCCUGUAUGAAGAAGACUAUAACUUCCCAGUGCACGGCUACCAACUCCUUCUACUGAACUGACGGUUCAACUACCGGAAUGCUGGUUAUGUAUGUGGAAAGAAAAGUUCGAGAUAGUUGUAUUGUUAAUGAAUGAUGAAUUUUCAAGGAUAUAUAUUUGUUGUCAAGUGUUAUUUCGAAAAAAAAAAUUCCGUUGGUGAUGCGCUUAUUUGAAAUAUUCACAAUAUUUGAAUUUCCCUC